GAAAGAAAGAAAAGCAAACACCAUACAUUCAUUCAUUAUACGGCUAGGUUACCAACCACUGCAGUUCAGUAGCUUAUGACAGGGUCGGCGACGACGUGCCGUGAUUGGCCAGUCCCGUCCUUCACACGGAAGCAAGUGAUUGGACGAUGGACGAUGGACGAUGUAGGUGGGAAAACGAGAGGUGGUACGCUCGCCGUCACGAUUACACACACGCACACAAAGGCACAGGACGAGUCACGCGCAGCGAGCGCGAACUGCUGCAUGUGACUCGUGUGACGAUGGCGAUGACGGUGUGGGAUGGCGCGCUCGGUUCGGCUUAGGUUCUUGAUGGUGGGUGUUUGGGACGG